CGGAGCUUUAACUUUCAAGUAGCCGAGUUCCCACUGAAGCCCACGAGUCCCGGAGCGAUUGAACCAUGCGUUACACUGGAUUAUUUAUUUCACUGCUUUCGUUUGUUUAUACAUGGGAGAGUCUUGAGGCAGCGAGUCCAGCUUUGCCUCAUGUGAUGCGCUAUGAUGUGAUCCGACUCCGACCUCAGGCACUGAACGAGCGAGCGAAGAGGAGCGCCCCUUCUCUGAAGACAUAUCCUGAACAACUUGAAUAUGAUUUGGCUGUAGAUGCGAGGGACUUCACAAUUUCUUUGCACAAAAAUAGCCCAAUUAAUUUUUUAUUCAACCGGGAGCUUUUAGGAAAAUAUUACACCCUCUCACAUUAUACCGAGGAUGGGAUUUCAGAGACAAAGUCUUCAGACAGUAUUGGUCACUGUUACUAUCAGGGACACGUCCAUGAUUUUGAAGACUCUUCAGUCAGUGUUGGACUUUGCUCUGGAAUGGAGUAA